UGAAGAAAGAUGUGAAUCAUUGUUCCAGUAGCAAGAGCCAAAACUUCUCACACAAUAACUGCAAAGGCAGCUAUAUCUGCUCCAUGCUUCCCUGACAGGAGGGAGCUUCCAAGUUCUUCCUGCCCCAGUAUUGCCCCUUCACUACUGCUGGUUGGGAGAACAAUUCAGCUAAAUAUCACUUGGCCAGGAGCUAAAUUAGAAGGAGACUGGCUGAAAGUACAACCUUGAGAGCAGCAGCAGGAGCACCUACCCACUGUGCAGCUGGACUUUGAUUUUUACUGGCCCUGUCCAAUCUUACAGGCAAAGGUUUUUAAGAUUUUCUGGAGAUUUCCUUGCAGAGUGUGUUGAAUUAGCUUACUUUACACCUUACAUUGUAGAGGAAGAUGCCAUUUUUGCCUAGGGUAUUUUCACAGUCAGAGCUGUAAAAUAUCAGAACCCAGCUGGAUUCUUUGUAAGCAAAUGCAAUUUGCUUACAGAAAGGAGAAAUGUCUUACAACAACUUCCGAGAAAGCAGACUGCGGUUCUCAGACUCCCUUAAUGGCCAGCGCUGGAUAUUCCUGAGAAAAGGACUAGAUGACUUCCGAGAUGGCUUUCCCCCUUCAUCUGAUAAUAUGAUUGUGUAUGGUAAAAAGCAUCCUGGCUCAAUUAUUGUGAAAAACAGCACAGGGAACUCUUCAUACACAGCUCCAGGGAAGAAAAGCAAGAAGUGGACCAAACCACAGAUUUAUCUUUCCAAGCUCAGCCCUCUGCAGCAAGCCAGGAGGGAUUAUGUUGCACAGAUAGAGCACUGCCUGAAACGGCAUCCCACAGUGCUCUACCCACACUUGGAAAUAAGUGGGUCCCCAAAGCUCUUCAAAGAGGUUGCUGGUGUCCUGAGUCCUGAAAUCCUUUUUAAGAGUAAGACUGGAUACAAUGACUAUCAACGGGAGACCCAAACUCCUCAGGAGGUGCAGGAUCAUAUGCAGGACAAGCAAAUAAAAGUAACGGGUUGCAAGAAGCUAGUACACAGCAAGGAGUCUCUGGGCAAAAAAGCAUGUACCUCGCUUUCUAAGAAGAAGGUAACAGCAGGAGGAAAAAAGGCCACACAGAGUCACUUAGCUCCACUUGAUGAACACACAAAGCGAGUAACCAAGCGUUUUUGUGACUGGGUUAUGUCUUUGGGAGGAGGGAACUGCAGUAUUGAUGAAGAUGCACUUAAGACUUUGCUCUACCCCAGCAGUGAAAGUAAGGAGGCUGGCCUCCUUACACCUUUCUGUGCAAUGAAACUCGAUGGGCAAGCAGAGCAGUCGGGAAGACAGGAGAUUUCACCUCUCAAGUUUGCUGUCAGGAGUUCUCAUCACCUAGGGUGCGUGCCCUGCCAAGUUAAGGUCCCUUACCAACCGAAAAGUGAGAAGAUCAGAUAUGGAGCAUGGUAUCUCGACCCCAAAACAUGGAGAAAAGAGAUAGUGAACAAACCAUUAGAAGCUCCAGAGGAAGCAAUAAAUAACCUCAGGAAUGCAAAGCAUCAUUUGAGUGAAAAGGAGAUGGAAGUUGCACAGCUCCAAAGCGCACAGGCCUUUAAGGAGCUCCUGGAGAGAAAGGGCUACCAAAAACCUCGGUUCUUUCUGAAAAUGCUGGCUGGGGGAAAUGAUAGUGGAGCUCAGGAGGAUACAUCUAAAUCUUUCAAGAAAUAUUGUCCAGAGAGAAACGACAAAAUCAGAGGAAGUUCUUCCACUGCUGUUAAUACAGAUUUGUAAAUUAUCUUAAAAUGAACGAACUAGUAGCUGAGCUGUUCCUAAACAUGUUCUUAUCUUUAAGUUUAAUAGAGCUUUGAGUUUCUUCUGAAGUGGCCAGAUUUAAGAUCUUAUUUGUACUACCAAAUUGUAGGCAUAAACUACAUAGUGAGCUUGGCAGUGCUUUGGCCUGCCGAAAAGGCACUCGAGAUGUCUUGUUUGCUUUACCGUACUGGCUUAAAGAUCCUGGGCUACAAUCAAAUUUUUGGUUUUUAAUUAUUCACAUUGUGCCUACUGCUUUACAGAAUAUAAGUAAAUAAUUUCUGUGAAAACUUUAAGUUAUAUCUGGCAGCAAUCUUUUUAACCACUGAAAAAAACCCACAAAACUUCAAUCUGAGGAACAGUACUGCUUUGUACACUGCACAAUGAUUCCUGCAUGGACAAACCUUGCACUAACAAAAGCAGUGUUAAUAUAGGAAGGCUGCUAAAAAUCAUAACCUGUCAUCUGUUCGUAUACCACAAAUACCUAAUAAAGAUGACUCAAACCC